AUGCCCCCAAAAGGAAAGAAGGGCCAGGACAAGGGCAAGUCGGGCGAGGAGGAGCGCGAUGAGCCCCUCCAGGCAGUGUGCUUGCUACCCCUCGCCAACACCCCGCUCAUUGAAUACACCUUCGAGUUCCUAGCCAACGCCGGCGUAGAGGAAAUCUUCGUAUAUUGUGGCGCACACCGAGAGCAGGUUGAGGAAUACAUCACAAAGUCAAAAUGGGCGGCGCAAUCCUCGCCUUUCUCGCGGCUGGAGCUCAUUCAGUCGACGUCGCACUCCAUUGGUGAUGCGAUGCGAGACCUGGACAGCAGGAGUCUGCUCACUGGUGACUUCCUUCUCGUUUAUGGCGAUGUCGUCAGCAACCUGCCGCUGGAGUCUGCGCUGGCUGCGCAUAGGGCACGUCGAGUAAAAGACAAGAACGCUAUCAUGACAAUGGUGCUGCGUGAGGCCGGCGCAAACCACCGGACAAAAGCAAGAGGGUCCAGCCCCAUAUUUGUGAUAGACCCGACCAAAGACAGAUGUCUACACUUCGAACAAAUGCCGAAUCGCGACCAAACACACUUUCUCUCCAUCGACCCCGAACUUCUGUCGGAGCAUCAGGAGCUCGAAAUACGGCAGGACUUGAUCGACUGUGGUAUUGAUAUCUGUACGCCUGAUGUACUCGCGCUAUGGAGCGACAACUUCGACUUCCAGGCGCCGCGGAAAGGCUUCCUACACAGUGUCUUGAAGGACUAUGAGCUCAAUGGCAAGACGUUCCACACCCACAUCGUCUCCGACCACUACGCAGCGCGAGUUCGGAACCUGCACGCAUACGAUUCAGUGAGCAAGGAUAUCGUGUCGCGGUGGGCAUACCCACUGUGUCCAGACAGCAACCUUGUCCAAGGACAAUCAUAUCGGCUGCAGAAAGGCAACAUCUACAAAGAGGAGGGUGUCAUAUUGGCGCGCGACUGUGUGAUAGGAUCGAAAACUGUCAUCGGCAGAGGCACCAGCAUCGGCGACAAGACCGUGAUAAAAAACAGCAUCAUAGGUCGACACUGCCAGAUUGGACGCAAUGUCAAGCUAGACGGUGCUUUUAUUUGGGACUACGCGAGCGUCGGAGAUGGAAGCACAAUUUCGAAGUCGGUCAUCGCGAACGAAGCAUCUAUAGGGCGAAAGUGCACAGUCGAGGACGGAGCGCUCAUCUCUUACGGUGUUACAAUUGGCGAGGGCAUGACCAUUCGAGGCGAACACCGGAUCACAAGAGCGAAGCGGAAGCAGGGCAGCGGCGAUGCGGUCAGAGGUGAUCCGGAUCCUACGAUAGUUGGACCAAAGGGAGAUGGGUUUGAAUUUCAAGACUCCGACGAGGACGACGAGGAUGAGCCAUUGGAUGGCCUUCCACUGACAGCCGUAGUGUACAACUUCUCAAACGAGUCGAUAUCGACACUCAAUUCAGACUCGGAAGCGGACGACCUCGAGUUACAAGACCACAGCCGAUCAGCAGCAAGCAGCUUCCUUUCGGUGGGCUCAGCAGACAGCCAGCAUGCGGCAAACUUCGAUCAUGACGCGUCUCAAAGUAUUUACGACUCAUUGGAGCAGGGCCAUGAACCAGCAAACAUACAACUAGAACUCACCGCAUUGCGCAUGAGCACGAAUGCCUCGGAUCAUCAGGUCCGGCGCGCAGUGGUCAGCUCCUUCGUCAAGCGCAUACUGCAGCUCAUCAAUUCUGGCGAGACCAACAAAGCUGCCAUCGCGCAAGUCUUUGGCCAGUACAAGGAGCUCAUCGACCGCGCCAUAUUCGACAAGAACCAGUCCAGCAAGACUGAUCAAGUAGACUUCAUGCUUCUCCUACAGGCAGAUUUGAGCCACAGAGAAAACGGCGACGCUGUGCUUCUGAGCGCAGCGACAAAGCUCACGGAGCUUGACUGCAUAGAAGAGGACGGCAUAAUACAGUGGUGGGAUGACGAGCGGGGCUCUGAAAGUGAGGAGCUCAAGAAGGUCAGGGAAAAGACACGGGCACUGGUGGAAUUCUUGCAGCAAGACAGCGAGGAUGAGAGUGAAGAGGAGAGUGAAGACUCUGAGUAG